AUGGAUAUCGAAGAUGUAAUUGGUUUAGAUGAUGGAGGAGCGAGAAGAACGAAAGGAGUUGCUGAAAUUAAAAUAAGGUUGGAUUUUAUUUCGAAAAAUUUCAGGAGAAUCAGCUAUAAAUAUUUGCAGAACACGAAAAAUCAAAGAUAUUGCACCAGAAGAAGUUAAUGUUGAAUCAUUUGUGCCUGGAACUCAACAAAAAGUUUGGGUAAGAACUUGGGGAUGUUCACAUAAUACAUCGGAUUCCGAAUAUAUGAGUGGAUUAUUGCAAAAAGCUGGAUAUAACAUAGUGAAAAAUGAACAAGAAGCUGAUGUUUGGGUUUUGAAUAGUUGUACUGUUAAAACUCCAUCCGAACAACAAGCGAAUAAUUUAUUGACUCAAGGACAAAAUGAUGGUAAAAAGAUUAUUAUGGCUGGAUGUGUUUCGCAGGUAUGUUUUGAGUUCAGGUUUUUAUCCGCAAAAAUAGUGAUUUUCAGGCCGCACCAAACGAACCAUGGUUACAAGAUUGUUCCAUUGUCGGAGUGAAACAAAUUGAUCGUAUCGUCGAAGUUGUUGAGGAAACCUUGAAAGGAAACAAAGGUGAGUUACUAUUUUUAUCAAAAUGAUUUCUAAACUGCCACGCGGUCACGUUAACAAUUUAUUUUUCAAAAAAAAUAAACAUUUUCUUUUUUUUCGCACUCAAAUUAUUAUUCAAUAAUUUUGCAGUUCGCCUAUUGACUAGAAAUCGACCAGAUGCUCCCUUAGCUCUUCCAAAAAUGCGAAAGAAUCAACUCAUCGAAGUUCUUUCAAUUUCAACCGGUUGUCUUAAUAAUUGCACUUAUUGCAAAACAAAAAUGGCACGUGGAGAUCUUGUUAGUUAUCCUUUGAAUGAACUCGUCGAACAGGCUCGUCGAUCUUUUGUUGACGAAGGUGUUAAAGAAGUUUGGCUAACUUCGGAAGAUUUAGGAGCAUGGGGAAGAGAUAUUGGACAUGUAAGUUUACUUAUUGAUGGUUUUGAAAAUCGAAAAAAAAACAUUGUUAUUUUUCAGACUUUACCUGAUUUGUUAAAUGAACUUGUGAAAGUGAUUCCUGAUGGAUGUAUGAUGCGAUUAGGAAUGACAAAUCCUCCAUAUAUUUUGGAUCAUUUAGAGGUGUGUAUUUCUUCUCAGAAAAACAAAAGACUUGUAAUUGCAUCCGGCUAUUUUCAGGAAAUCGCCGAAAUUUUGAACCAUCCACGUGUUUAUUCUUUUUUGCAUAUUCCGGUGCAAAGCGCUUCCGAUGCAGUUUUGAACGAUAUGAAAAGAGAAUAUUCGAGAAGACAUUUUGAGCAAAUUGUUGAUUAUAUGAUUGAAAAGUGAGAAAUCUCUCAAAAAAGAUUUUAAAAAUUGUUUUCUUUUUUCAGUGUUCCGAAUAUUUACAUCGCCACUGAUAUGAUUCUCGCAUUUCCAACAGAAAAUGUAGAAGAUUUUGAAGAAUCAAUGGAUCUUGUUCGAAAAUAUCAAUUCCCAUCAUUAUUCAUCAAUCAAUAUUAUCCGAGAUCUGGAACACCCGCUGCAAGACUAAAGAAAAUUGAUACAAUUGAAGCUAGAAGAAGAACUGGUUUGAUGUCGGAAUUAUUCAGAGAUUAUACACGUUAUCCAGAAAAUCGUAUCGGUGAAAUUCAUGAUGUUUUGGUGACUGAAAUUGCAGCAGGUAAGACAUUUUGAAGGAAAACAAGUAUUUGUGCUGGAGUUUGAGACUGUUUCAAUUUUUAAUUAAAAAGUGUUUUCCCAAUGUUAACUCAAGGAAAUCACAAAAUAGCCUUUUUCUAGUUCACCUCCCUUUUUCAAUUAAAAUUGCCUUAGGUUACCAAAAAAGUUCAGAACUCAUUUUUCACAACAAAAAAACCAGAGAUUUUAAAUUUAUAUAUUUUUAAAAAAAAGUAUUCUGUAAUGUGAAAAAUCUAAAAAUAGAUUUAUCAACUUGGUUUUGGAACCUUCUUUUUGCACACUCAUUUUUUGAAUAAUUCAUAUUUUUCUCAAAAAAAUUCCACCUCCGAUAUUUUAAUAUCAAAUAUUUCAGACAAAGUUCAUGGAGUUGGCCACAAUAAAUGUUACGAACAAAUACUUGUUCCACUCUCGUCGUGCGAAAUGGGAAAAUGGGUUCGAGUUAAAAUCACAUCUGUCACAAAAUUCUCAAUGAUUUCUGAGAUUCUCACCGAUUCAUCCACUUCAUCUUCAUCUUCUUCUUUCUCAUUUGUCCUUCCUGUUUUGGUUCUUUUAUUCACAAUUUUCUUGUGUUGGUUAGCCGAUAAGUUCUUGUUUUGAAAAUUGAAAUAUUUAUAGAUUUGUCCGGUUUUUCAUUGUUAUUUGUUUUUGUUUUGUUGAAUUCUAACAUGAACUUUGUUGAAAUCUAUUUGUAUUUUCUAAAAAAAAUACGUGAAAUACGUGAAAGAACUCAUUUUGAUAUUUUUCACGUUUCUGCCGUCAUGUGGAUUUGUUUAGUAGAAAGAGAAAUAGAGAGACAGAUAAUUUGUCUGACAUUCUAUUACUCUCUUUCUUUUUUCCUCUCUCAUCUAUUUGAGGCGGCCAUCAUCAACAGCAGCCGUCGGCUAACAUAUACACACACAAUUUCUCCCCCACACACACACAAUUUUUCGAUUUUUCUUUGCGUCUCUUCUCUCUCACUCAUUUCUGUUUUAUUUUUUUCAAAGUUUCGGAUUCCAGAUUUAUUGACUCGAAGUCGUCUACAGUAACCCUAUAAAACUUCGAUUUAUCUAUUAAUAUUCUCAUUCAAUUUUAUCAAUUAAGAAAAUAAGUGGUAAAAAUUGCAAAAACGACAUCUUCAACAGUUUCCACAAUUGCAUCUUCGACUACUUCUCAAGUAGUUGGCGGUUCUUCGGCCGCCACCGCAGCUGCAACUUCAUCCACGUGUCUACCAACAACUUCUACAGUAUCCCAUCAAAAUGAGCGAGUAAUUGAAGCGACAAAUGGAAGACGUGAAAUUUCGAGAUGGAAAUCGAGAGAAGGUGCAAAUGUGAAACCAAGAGAAAGAGAUAAUGAAGGAUAUCGAAAAAGAGCUGCUGCAUUAUGUAUUAAAGGUAUGUUCCUUUAAAGGGAAUUUCUAGAUACAGAUAAAUUUGAUACGUUCAAUCAAUUUUUCAAAAUAAUCACUUAAACCAAAUUUCCCGUCGAUUUUUUAAAAGUUUUAGUGCUUUUUAAAAUCAAGUCUUCUCUAUUUAUUUAAUUAUUUUAGUUUAGGCUAAUUAAGAAAGAGAAGUUUUAUCUUCAAAAAAUUUUGAGCGUAAACGUGAAACAUUUUUUUUUGAAAAUUUUCAAACUCUUUAAAAUUUGAUAUUUGUGCUCUGCUGAUCCGUGACGUAUAAAGAUCACCGCGCACUUUUUUUUUCUUUUUGCUAAAUUUCAAGUGGCUGCCCUGCUGAUCGUUCUUUGAUAGGUACUGUAGAUGAUAUGAAACUUUAUAUUUCUCUCACCAAAUUUGAAAACAUUUAUCUAUUUUUGGAUUUUUCUUUCAAUAAUAGAACUUUAACAGUUCACGUGUUUCCUUAGUUGUUUUUGUUAUUUUUUAAUUGUUCACAAUUUGAAAACAUAAAUAUUAAGAUAGUUAGUUACAUAUCAUAAUUGUUGAUGAUUGAUAAGAACGUCGCUGACAUGAAUACAUUUUUCAAAGACAAAAAUAUUUUUGGCGCCACGCCGAGAAGAAUUGUGUAUGAUGCAAAAAUGUGACUAGAAUAGAACCAACCAAAAAAAGACAAUGAAUAUGAAAUGGAAGACUAUAAAAUGAUAUAUUUUUAGGCGUCGGGGAUGACACACAUGUUCUACUGGUAAGCGCUGGAAAAGAUGGCGGAAAAUGGGUUGUUCCGGGUAAGUGAGAAUAAAACGCUUAUUAUGUGAAAACCCCCGAAAAAUUUUAUGACGUGACAAAGUUCACAUAUUUGUGGAAAACCACACCGCAGUUUUUUUUAGAAAUAAAGACUUCAUUUCACCUUCCGAACUUGUGAUGAUCAAAAUCUGAACCUGACAUGAGCAAUGUUGUAAAUGCAGAAUUUCGGAAUAAAAAAAACUCUGAAAAAUUAACAAUACUCAAAACAUAUUUUUUGACCUAAUCCCAUUUUUACCAGAAGUUUUUUUCGAUUUUGAAAAUUUUAAAUGUAGAAAUCCAAGAAAUCUCCCCCUUCACAAUUUUUUUCCAAAAUAAAUUCAUUUUUUCAGGUGGCGGUGUUGAAAAAAAUGAAUGUGCAGAAGAAGCGGCGCAUCGCGAAUUAAUGGAAGAAGCUGGAGUACGGGCACACACACUUAGAAAUAUCGGAUUAUUUCAGGAUGAUGUCAGGAAGCAUCGAACACAGGUUUUCUUAAUGGAAGUAUUAGAAGAGAAAGCAACAUGGGAAGAGGUUCGAAUACAUUUAUUUUUUUUAAAGAAAUAUUCAAAAAUAAUGAAUUCAUAAUUCCAGAAUGAAUUUGGUCGUCAAAGGAUUUGGAUGCCAAUCGGUGAAGGAACCGAAAAAGUCAAAAAUUCACACCGGGCAAUUCUUGAAGCUGUUCUCUCCUCCUAG